GAAUAUUAUGAGAAAGCCCUUGCCAUCGCUAUAGAAAUUGGCGACAAACAAGUACAAAGUAAAUCGUACGGUAACCUUGGAAAUGUGUUUCAAUUACUUGGAGAAUACCAGAAGGCUAAAGAAUAUUGUGAGAAAGCCCUUGCCAUCGCUAUAGAAAUUGGCGACAAACAAGUACAAAGUGCAUUGUACAGUGACCUUGGAAGUGUUUUUAAAUCGCUUGGAGAAUACCAGAAGGCUAAAGAAUAUUAUGAGAAAGUCCUUGCCAUCGCUAUAGAAAUUGGCGACAAACAAGUACAAAGUGCAGCAUACAAUAACCUUGCAAAUUUUUUCCAAUUGGGUGGAGAAUACCAGAAGGCUAAAGAAUAUUGUGAAAAAGCCCUUGCCAUCGCUAUAGAAAUUGGCGACAAACAAGUACAAAGUUCAUUGUACGGUAACCUUGGAAGUGUUUUUAAAUCGCUUGGAGAAUACGAGAAGGCUAAAGAAUAUUGUGAGAAAGCCCUUGCCAUCGCUAUAGAAAUUGGCGACAAACAAGUACAAAGUGCAUUGUACAGUGACCUUGGAAGUGUUUUUAAAUCGCUUGGAGAAUACCAGAAGGCUAAAGAAUAUUAUGAGAAAGCCCUUGCCAUCGCUAUAGAAAUUGGCGACAAACAAGUACAAAGUAAAUCGUACGGUAACCUUGGAAGUGUUUUUAAAUCGCUUGGAGAAUACCAGAAGGCUAAAGAAUAUUGUGAAAAAGCCCUUGCCAUCGCUAUAGAAAUUGGCGACAAACAAGUACAAAGUUCAUUGUACGGUAACCUUGGAAGUGUUUUUAAAUCGCUUGGAGAAUACGAGAAGGCUAAAGAAUAUUGUGAGAAAGCCCUUGCCAUCGCUAUAGAAAGUGGCGACAAACAAGUACAAAGUGCAUCGUACAGUGACCUUGGAAGUGUUUUUAAAUCGCUUGGAGAAUACCAGAAGGCUAAAGAAUAUUAUGAGAAAGUCCUUGCCAUCGCUAUAGAAAUUGGCGACAAACAAGUACAAAGUAAAUCGUACGGUAACCUUGGAAAUGUGUUUCAAUUACUUGGAGAAUACCAGAAGGCUAAAGAAUAUUAUGAGAAAGCCCUUCCCAUCGCUAUAGAAAUUGGCGACAAACAAGUACAAAGUGCAUUGUACAGUAACCUUGGAAGUGUUUUUAAAUCGCUUGGAGAAUACCAGAAGGCUAAAGAAUAUUAUGAGAAAGUCCUUGCCAUCGCUAUAGAAAUUGGCGACAAACAAGUACAAAGUUCAUUGUACGGUAACCUUGGAAGUGUUUUUAAAUCGCUUGGAGAAUACGAGAAGGCUAAAGAAUAUUAUGAGAAAGCCCUUGCCAUCGCUAUAGAAAUUGGCGACAAACAAGUACAAAGUUCAUCGUACGGUAACCUUGGAAAUGUUUUUAAAUCGCUUGGAGAAUACCAGAAGGCUAAAGAAUAUUAUGAGAAAGCCCUUGCCAUCGCUAUAGAAAUUGGCGACAAACAAGUACAAAGUGCAUUGUACAGUAACCUUGGAAGUGUU